CAGGAGGGUGUAAGACUGCGCGCUAGGGGCGGAGUUAGCAGAAAGCUCUCAAGGAAAAACUUGUGAGUCAGUUUAGUGAGACUGAGGGCAACCGUGGACUACACACCUCUCACAAACAAAAACACAGGACUGAACUUUAGGACUUGUGAAAGACCGCAUGCGUACCCGACUCCGGCGAGUCAAAAUGUAUCCUAAUCCGAGACGCGCUUUGGAGAUUUUGGAGACGCGUAACAGCGCAUGAAACGUAAAUGUGGAAGGUAUCAUCGUGGGAUCUUGACAUCGAUUGAGGAAGUCAAGGAUCUCAUGCAAUGCGUCUUGAACGCGUGAUUUGAUUUGGACAUCAACCUGCAUGUGGGAAAAAAACUCGGUAAAGAUGAACGAAACGAGCACGAGUGGCGGCAAUAAAGGUUAUGACCCCACCAUCCCGGUCAUUAUGUUCAUAUUUGGUGUGGUCGGGAACGUGAUUGCUAUCGUAGUGCUUCGAAAGUCGCGAAAAGAGCAAAAAGAGACCACUUUUUACACCCUGGUGUGUGGACUUGCCGUAACUGACCUCUUGGGAACUCUCCUCGCGAGCCCAGUCACCAUUGCCACCUAUGUAAAGGGAGAUUGGCCCGGCGGGAGACCGCUGUGUCAGUAUUCCGGCUUCAUUUUACUCUUCUUCUCCUUGGCAGGUCUCAGUAUUAUCUGUGCCAUGUCCGUAGAGAGGUACCUCGCCAUCAAUCACGCGUAUUUCUACAACCACUACGUGGACCAGCGGGUGGCAGGCUUGACGCUCGCGGUGAUCUAUGUAUCCAAUGCACUCUUCUGCGCUCUUCCCAGCAUGGGACUGGGAUCCGUGGUGCAACAGCAUCCAAGAACCUGGUGUUUCAUUGACUGGCAUAGCAACGACAGCACGAACGCCACUUUCUCUUACAUGUACGCGGGCUUCAGCUCCAUCCUCAUCCUCGCUACGGUCCUCUGUAACGUGCUGGUGUGCGCGGCUCUCAUCAUGAUGCACAAGCGCUUCGUCCGCAGGACCUCGCUGGGGACGGACCAGGGCCGAGUCGCGGAGAUCAGGCGCAGGCGGAGUUUCGCGCGUCUGGCCGGCGCGGAGAUCCAGAUGGUCAUCGUUCUCAUAGCCACGUCCAUUGUCGUUCUCAUCUGCUCAAUUCCUUUAGUGAUGCAGGUGUUUGUGAACCAGCUGUAUCAUUCUCCAGUAGUGACGCAAGGAAAGCCGAACCCAGACCUUCAGGCCAUCCGAAUUGCCUCUGUCAACCCUAUUCUGGACCCCUGGAUCUACAUCCUGCUGAGAAAGACAGUCAUGCAGAAGAUUCUGGAAAAGAUCAAGUGCCUCUUCUGCCGUAUCGGUGGGAGGAGACACGGGAGGAGCCCAACGGAGUUCCACUGCGGUAACGGCGUCCACAGCUCAUCAGUCAUGUCUCGUGAUUUGCCGUCGCUAGCGUUGCCCGAGCUGCCAGAGGUGAUCAGCACAUCACAGAUGUACCUGUAUCCCAUGGAGGCGGGACAGGAAAUGGGCUGCUGCGGUGGCUCUGUGCAGAGCAGGACGUGUUCGACUUCAACCGAGCAAACCCUUCUGCGGGACUCUCAGGUGGUAGAGCUCAGCAGUGGAGAAAACAGGACGGAAACAGGCACGGACUUUGUGAAAUCACAUUCGUGCACGCACGCCAACACAAAUGAAGCCCAAUGUUCCAAGCACCAGCCGCUGCAGGUAACCUUUACAGAUGAGAAUUUGAGCUUACAAGAAAGAAGCAUAUGAUGCAUGCUGAAAGACUUGCUUAGUUCAGCAGAACGAUGUGUCGGGAGGUGAAAUACAUUUCAAGAGCUUGAUGUGAGUGUUGUGAAUGAGAACUACUCAGAGCAAAAACUGAAAGAAAGAAUUCCUAAAAACUCAUGAGACUAAAGAGAAAAGUUUAAGAGAAAGACUAACCAAAGGACUAAACUUUGUGCUAGAAAGUGAAAAAAAGUGCUUACUAAAGUAGGAAAAACAAUGUUGCUAUAUAUGCUAUAUAUGGGUCAAAACAUGCAAAAAAAAUUGCAUGAAGGGGUUCUGGAAAGAGCGAAAGAGCAGAGGAGGAUACAGAGGCAAACUGGCCUCAUUUUCUGAUAGUAAUUCAUAAUGCAUUUAAAAAAAAAAAAGACUGCAUUUUCUAAACAGUGAAACAGAGCUCUAAAAAUGUAUAUUUAAUUUAUUGUAAGUUCUUGUGAAUUUCUGCAGAAAAGGCCUUCGUAUUAGAUGAAUACAGUUCCACUGGGCCCUGAUUGACUGAUUUGAUUGACCCGGGCAAAUCUUGAUUAGAUUUGAUGGACGACCAUGUGAGCAAAUAUCUACUGCCCUGCUUCAAGUCCCCCUUUUGCAGACAUUCUGGUGAGAUCUCCAUUAGGUCACAAGUUCAAGUAACCAGAGUGCCUUGUUAGCUUUUCUCAUGCUGGAACUCGUGGUUUAAAAUUUCCUUUUCCUUAUGUUAAGGUGACCAAAACACUUUUCAUUUCCAUUGGUGCAUAAACAACUGUCCACUAUUUCAAACUUACAUAAGAUGUAGCUAAGUGUACAUUCUUUGGAAUUUCCAUAAUAUGUACGAUAUUCUGUGAAUUAACCAAGCAAUUUCAUAUCCAUGUUUACUGAGAGUAACACCAUCACAAAAUAUAGCGGUACCCAAAACUCAUCAUACAAUGUAAGAGCACAUGAUACACAGCACAAUAUUGCUAAUUUUUGUUUAAUUUAAAGUAUGUGUAAAUGAUAGAAUGUAUAGUGAGGAGAUGAAAUUGUAAAAGCUAUUAAGAUGUUGAAUGUCUUUUAAGAUCGUAUGUUUUGCACUUUUAAAUCCUUGUAACCGCUGAGGAAAAUUUGAACUGUCACUAUCAGUCAGUGGUCAUCGAGGAAGAACUGUUCAUCUGUUCAUACUUGUGAUGUUAAAAUGUGAACGCUGUCUUGAUUUAAUUUAUUGUAGUCUUUUUAGACAAUCUUUUGACUCUAGUUAUUUCUUCUCUGUGAGAAGGUCAAGUUUAAGAUGGUUCUGCUCAUGUUGAAGCAGUUAUAUUGCUUUUGUUUCAUUUCACAAUUCUUAUGUGUAUCAAAACAGCAUGAGGCAUGAUUUAAACUACUUAGCACCAUCAUCUGCUGCAUGUAUAUAAAUGAUUCAACAUUACUGUGUAUAUUUUCACCAUUUCAUUUUCACAUUUUCAAACACAAAGACAAUCUUGUCUCCCUCUUACCCUCGAUGUGACCCUCCAGAAUGUGCAAUGGCCAGCUAUUUAUGCUGAAAUAAACUCUUGAACUGAAGACAAAUAGAAAA